AUGGCGUCCUCUCUGCGUCUGCCCACGGGCAGCAUAUUCCCCAGCGCCCGACCAACGUCGCUGAUCGCCCAGACCUUUGCCUCCGGCUCGCACCAAUGCCGUUCCUUCUCGGCCGCGCCGCAACGAUGGGGUUACCGAUCGCAAAACUUCAAGCCCGGAAGCAUGCCGCAGCCAUCGAUGAAGUCUCGCGCAAAGGAGGUGAUGAUGCACCAGCUGCCGAAUGAUAUUGGCUUGUUGCCGGGUACAUUCGUGCGGCCGAUGUGGAAGGACUUGCCCUCUAUCUUCCAGGAUCCGCGGGACCGGUUCCGGAUGGAAUGGACUUGGUUGAAGAGUCUUUUCCAGGGUUAUACCAGCCUUUUGGUGUACUGCAAGAAGGAUUUGAACAACGUUCCUUUCAUCGCAAAGCAGCUUCAACAGCCCCAUAUCGGACCGUUGCGCAUCCCCUUCUUCAAGAUUUUCCACAGCGUUAACCGGAAACAUAUAGCCAAAAGUCUAUACACGCAGAUGUACACCAGCCUGGCCGAGGGUAACACUUCCAGUCUGCGUCGCAUCUGCUGUGAAAAGCUCGCCCAGAAGCUCAUCGACCAAGUCGAGAGCCGCCCCACAAACGAGAAGGUGACCUGGACACUGGUCGGCAACAAGUUCCGCAGCGCGCGUGUGAUGGCAGAUCGCGCCGUCAAAAUCCCCGACAUGGCCAACUCUGGCGUCCGCCAGGUCGUUGUGCGCCUGGCUUCCAGACAGUCCAUGGCCAAGACCAACACCGGGAGAAAGACCUCCCCGAAGGAUGUGGUUCCUGCCGCCAGGGAGCAGGACUGCGUGGAGUAUGUCGUGGUCCAGCAGCUCAUCUGGCACGGCAAGUACUCCGACUGGCAGAUCUGGGGUACCACCCAGGCUACUGAUAUGAAGACUCUGAACACCGACCCGGCCUUUGCCCCAGGCCUGUCUGCUCUGGAGCGCCUCGAGGCCAUAAAGAACAUGGGACCCGGCGGCGGCCAAUAA